GGUGUCUUGAGCAUCCAAGCUGGUUUGUGUGUUAAUGCAGUUUAGCUGACUUUGUGCGGUGGUUGGGGCUAUUGAGUCCCUCUGUACACCUGAGAAUGUAUGGGCUGGGAACAGGUCUGCGUUUUGGCCUCCCCACGUCGUGUCCCCUGGGAUCAGGUAGGUCUGGGGACUGCCCAGAGGACCCCAGCGGCCGUGGUUCACCCGCCGUUCUUCUGGCCCACAGGCAAGCCCCUGCUCUGGAGCCCCUUCCUACAACGGCCCCUGCACAAAAGGAAAGGUGGUCAAGUGAGGUUCUCCAACGACCAGACCAUCGAACUGGAGAAGAAGUUCGAGACUCAGAAAUACCUCUCCCCGCCUGAGAGGAAGCGUCUGGCUAAGAUGUUGCAGCUCAGUGAGAGACAGGUCAAAACCUGGUUUCAGAACCGACGCGCUAAAUGGAGAAGACUGAAACAGGAGAACCCUCAAAGCAAUAAAAAGGAUGAGUUGGACAAUUUGGACACUUCCUGUGGCCAGGGCCAGGACUCGCCCAGUGAACAGAAUAAAGGCGCCUCUUUGGAUAGUUCUCAGUGUUCACCUUCCCCAGCUUCUCGGGAGGACUCUGAGAUCUCAGAGGAUUCGGACCAGGAAGUGGACAUUGAGGGUGACAAAGGCUACUUUAAUGCUGGAUGACGGUCACCCGCGUCGUCCAGAGACUGGACUUGCAGAUAAUGUUUUGCUACAAACUGGAAGACUAUGGGAGAGAAAAAGAAUGGCAUUCUUGUAGUGUUCUGAAACUGUUUAGUGCACUGGCUAAUUAACAAAUAUGCAUUGAAACCUUAAUUUUGACUUUACAGAUGGUAUAUAUAUAUAUAUAUACACACACACACACACACACAUACACACACACACACACAUACCAGUUUUAAGUUGCUUUGAUAAAGUGACUAAAUGCAUCCCCAUUAAUUUCUAUUUAUGAGAAAUAAUUUGAGCUUUCAUUUAAAACUUAAAUUAUAACUUUAAAGGUUUUAAUAGGCUGUGCUUGAAUGACUUUUCCUAAAAUCUGUGGCUAUACCCUCAGACUUCAGAGGGUCACUUAGAAAGGGGGCCCACAUUUGUGGCUUCUUGGAGCAGUUUAAAAGGACACUCUCGACUUUUACAUAUACCUUACAUUGCUCCCUUAGCUCCAAUGCCAUUCCCGAGCAUCUGGCUCCAGGGGUGUGCGCUUAUAAGCAAGACAGUUGAUAAGGUUCUGAAAAUCUUGUUUUGCUCUCCCAGUGCCUUUGUUAAGGGAUGGCACAGUCUGACAGGCAGGGAAACCGACUUGACUCAUUUCUGACUGCAGGUAAUCCCAUGUGAGCUAGAACUAGCAGGACAAUUAAAUGUAAGUAGAUUGUAGAUAGUGUAUUUUAUAGAAACAAUGUAUAGCAUGUAUAUAGAAUUAUUCAGUGUAAAAAUCCUGCCAAAAUGAUGUUUGAUUUUUUUAAAAAAAAUUUUUUUACUUGAUGAGUUAACUUUCGUGACCCUGUUGGAAUUCUCAUUCUUUGCUUGAAAAAGCCUAAACACAUUACUUGAAUCA